UUCUUUCUCGUGGGCAUCAUGAAUGGGAAAGACAUCUGAACUACGGGAGUGCACAGAAGACAGACAGAAGUAAAGCAGAACUUUUUUGCAAAGUGUGGAGAAGAAGAGCACUUCAACAGAAUGGGCUCUAACCAGAGCAGCGAAAAACUCUACUGCAACCGCUACCUGGAUGGAAAUGGUCCUCCAUCACUGGUACAACAAGCUAAUGCAGAGGUGAAUGGGAUCUACAAAGUCCUGAGUGGCACCCAGCCACCGGGCCAGAUGACCUGGGUGAUCCUCCACAGAGACCUGCCAGGGUACCCCAUUGACAACACCCUGCAGAUCAACUACAUAUUCCCCAAUGGAAUACAGACAGACAAACACCCUCACCCGGGCCAGCCUUACCCAGGGCUGCGGCUCUGUGCAUACCUGCCGGACAGCCACGACGGCCGGAGGGUCCUCAAGCUGCUGGACAAGGCCUUCAACACGGAGCUGCUGUUCUCUGUGGUCACCAAUAAUGAGGGGCAGGACGUCGUCACCGCUGCUUCCAUCCCCUUGAAAACACAAGCAGAAGGAGGAAUCAAAGUUGAUGGCUACCCAGAUCCUGACUACCUGAAGAAUGUGAGAAAGAUACUGAAGGAUAAAGGCAUUGAAUAAACCUCAGCACACACUGUGAGGGCUUCAAACUACAAUUGUAUCUCUAAAUGAAUCUGUGAUAAAAAUAACGAGGAAAUGAACUUUAAAAAAAGAUCAACCAUGGUUGUCAUGUAUUGUGUUUAGUGCAGUCUGUGUAGAUUAAUAAAGUGCCUAUACUUUUUAUAAAUAUUAUUAUUAAUGUAUUAACUUUUGAUGGUGUCUAAUGACAUGUCCUUAUAUGAAGGGAUUAUUUUAUUGUAUCAUUACAAAGCAUGAUUUUAAACCUCAGAAUAUGGAGUCAUAUUAUAUUUGUUCUACGGGUCAUAUUCCUGAUGAGGGUGAAAUACAAACUCCACCAGUUGUCGUGUAAGAUUUCACCAUCUAUUAUGACAGAUGUUUCACGCCAUUGAUGCAUUGAAAGUAUAAUGUGCUAUUAAACGAUUAUUUAACUAAUA